CUCAAAUCUCACUACAUCCCUAAACGGACCAAGAUAUAUCUAUACAAUGUUGUUGUUUUCAUUGUUGUUUUUGCUUGCUGGUCACACCCUUGCGGAAGUGGUUAACUCCAAGACCUACCAGCACCAAGACACAGUCACCGGUCGCGUUCUCACCUGUAAUCGCUGUCCGCCGGGAUCGUAUAGGCGUGCGCACUGCACUGCUGACCAGCAAACAAUAUGUUCUCCUUGCCCGCCCAACUACUUCACCAAGUACUGGAACUACGUUUCCAAGUGCUUCUACUGCACCGUGUGUGGGGACGAUCAGGUCGUAAGGACAGAGUGCUCUGCUUUUGACAACAGAGUUUGCGAGUGUAAAGAAGGUUACUACUGGAGUUCUCCCUUUUGUCACAAGCACACACAGUGUCCCGCAGGAUACGCAGUUAAACAGAAAGGAACUGCACUUCGAAAUACUGAGUGCGAAAAGUGUCCCCAUGGCUCUUACAACAACAAUUCUGGACAGCAAACCUGCGUGAAGCAUGCUGAUUGUGCCUCUCGCGGGCUGCAGACGGUCCUUAGUGGGACUGGUUGGCACGACACCCUCUGCGCGUCUUGCAAAGAGCUCAGAACUGGAGGUGGCAUUGAGUUAUUCAGAGGAAUCCUUCCUGUCUUCUUUGCCCAUGAGAGGAUGAUGCCAACGAGGUUGCGCAGGUUUGUGAACUUACUCCACCUGGGAAGGAGGAAACGGUUAAAUGGUUCGGACAGCUGGGACAGUCUGCAGGGUUACAUCAGCAAGUGGAUCAGAGACGCGGAUCAUGGCAGGCUGAAGAAGCUACCCGAGACACUGAGGACCUCAGGACUCCACAAUGCCGCAAAUAAACUGGAGAGGAAACUCAGGAGAGUGGAGGAUGUGCACCUCUGUCAAAAUGACAGGGAUUCCAGUUAA